GGCCCCGAAGUAGGAAGUUGGGAAAAGGAGUCUGGGCUCUUGACCUGGCUGGGAGGAGUUUGUGCCUGAGCCCCGGGGUCCCCAUCCGCUGAGGAGAUGGAUGAGGAUGGGCUUCCUCUCAUGGGGUCAGGCAUAGAUCUGACCAAGGUGCCAGCUAUUCAACAGAAAAGAACGGUGGCAUUUCUAAACCAGUUUGUGGUGCACACUGUCCAGUUUCUCAAUCGGUUUUCUGCAGUUUGUGAGGAGAAACUGGCAGAUCUUUCCCUCCGGAUUCAGCAAAUUGAAACAACUCUCAAUAUUUUAGAUGCGAAGCUGUCAUCUAUCCCAGGCCUAGAGGACGUCACAGUUGAAGUGUCUCCUUUAAGUGUCACUGCUGUCACAAAUGGAUCACAUUCUGAAACCACUUCAGAGCAACCACAGCAGAAUAGCACGCAAGACUCCGGAGUGCAGGAAAGUGGCACGCCAUCAGAAAACAUUCUCACUGUAGCCAAGGAUCCACGCUACGCCAGAUACCUCAAGAUGGUUCAAGUGGGUGUUCCAGUGAUGGCAAUCAGAGACAAGAUGAUCUCGGAAGGACUGGACCCAGAGCUACUGGAGAAGCCAGAUGCUCCGGUGCCUAAUGGCGAAAGUGAGAAAGCCAUAGAAGAAAGUUCAGAUAGUGACUCUUCCUUCAGUGACUGAGCUGGGCUGUGAGAAUCACACAGAAUGUGGAGGGAUGUAUUUACGUUCUAGGGAAGAGCCUAAGCUCUGAUAGCUCUCGGUGAUAAAAAUCACCAACUGCUACAUACCUACCCCAACCUUUCUCUGUUUAAAAAUAAUGAUAAUAAUAAUAAAGCAUUUAUAAUCUUUCCA